CAGCAACUAACAGCUUCCUCUCACUCAAACCAGUGCGCUCAGCUCUCCACCACCUUUCCUCCCUCCCGCUUUCACUACCCAUCAAACGACACAACCUUUGCAAUCUGGGACGCAAAGCAGCAAGAAGUCCGCCCAGCAUGCCGCGUCGAACCCACCACCGCAUCCGACGUCUCCCUCAUCCUCAAAACCCUCGUCGACAACUGGUGCCACUUUGCCGUCAAGGGCGGCGGCCACUCGCGCAACGCGGGUGACUCCAACUCCAUCGCCGGCGUCACCGUCGACCUCGACCGCAUG